UUCAGUUGGCCUGCGACCUCUUCCAUGAGAAAGCAUCAAAUCUGAAGGACAUCAACUAGUCAGUGAAAGAGUCACGGCCUUCGCUCGCCCACGUGACCAGCGAAUGAGCCUUGUUCAUGCGUCUCCCUGCGUGCCACUCCCCAAUCGUCAUGAACUGUGAGCAGGACUUCGGAGAUGGGGGCUUGGGAGUGACCCUCACACUACGACUGCUCAUGCACGGAAAGGAAGUAGGCAGCAUUAUAGGAAAGAAAGGAGAAACUGUGAAGCGAAUACGAGAAGAGAGCUGUGCACGUGUCAACAUCUCAGAAGGCUCCUGUCCAGAGAGGAUCAUCACCAUCACUGGCUCCACAGAGAGUGUUUUCAGAGCUUUCACCAUGAUCACAUACAAACUGGAGGAGGACCUGAAUGCACUGGUAGCCAACGGAACCAUAAGCUCCAAGCCUCCAGUCACUCUUCGGCUGGUCAUCCCUGCCAGCCAAUGUGGCUCUCUUAUUGGGAAAGGAGGCGCGAAGAUAAAGGAGAUCAGAGAGAACACAGGAGCUCAGAUUCAGGUGGCGGGGGAUUUGCUGCCAAACUCUACUGAGCGAGGUGUUACGAUAUCGGGGAAUCAGGACUCUGUAAUCCAGUGUGUCAAGCUCAUCUGCACAGUAAUCCUGGAGUCUCCACCAAAAGGUGCCACUAUUCCCUAUCGACCGAGCCUAUCACCAGCUGCUCUGCUCAUUGCCGGAAACCAGGUUUUUGACGCAUCAGAAUUUGCCCCCCACCCUCUGUAUUCAGUCACCCAGGGUGGUCUGGACCUCCAGCAGGCCUACACUUUGCAAAAUCAAUAUGGCAUUCCACAUUCAGAGCUGGCCAAACUGCACCAGUUGUCCAUGCAACAAGGCCUAAGUCCCAUUGCCCAGCCUGCCUCCACAAUUAUGCCUGGAAUGGACUCAAACUCUCAAACGUCUCAGGAGCUACUUAUUCCCAAUGAUCUGAUUGGCUCAAUCAUCGGCCGUCAGGGAACCAAGAUCAACGAGAUCCGGCAGGUGUCAGGGGCUCAGAUUAAAAUUGGCAGCCAGCUGGAUGGAACAAGUGACCGCCAUGUCACCAUCACAGGAACACCAGUCAGCAUUAACCUGGCCCAGUACCUCAUUACAUCCUGUUUGGAGACGGCCAAAUCCACCGCCCAGGCAGCCUCCAUGGCCUCUCCAGUCGACCUCAACAUGGCCUUCACUCAGCCCACCUCCCCAACCACCUCUCCUGCACCAACCCUGGCCACCAUGGGCACGCUGACCCCCACUCACAUGCUGGGUACUCCGUACGGUGCUGUCCCGCUCUCUGGGCUUCUUGGGAUGAAAUCCGUCCCGUUUCUGACUCUGUCCAGUCCCACACCCACUGUAGCUGUCACUGCAGCACCCUCUCACACUACUCUUGCCGCCUACACCACAAAGAUCUCCUCAGCGAACUGCAUCAAAAAACCCGAAAGACAGAAGUUUGCUCCUUACUGACGAGAGUCGGCUGAAAGACAGCGCCGUUACGCCCGAUGUAGCCAUAUUUACCUGAAGAGAUGCUUCUGAUUUUAGCUCGCUGCAACAGCAGAGAGCCGUGGAGGAUGCCAUGAAAGGUUGAUUUACAAUUGUAGAUAAUUUCCCACUUUCCCAUGAAGUGAUUGACUGCUUUCAUCAUCCUCAUUAGUGUUAUCGAUUGUUUUGGGGAAGGAAGAAAAAUAAUCAGAGAGACAUAUUUAAAAACCUCAGUAAAAAAAAUAA